AUGCAGAACUACGAGUACGUGUCAACAAUCGGAGAAGGCGCCUAUGGAGAAGUGUGGAAAUGCCGGGACAAGAGCACCGGAGAUCUGGUGGCUGUUAAGGGGUUCAAGCAGGCGCACCAAGAUAAAGUCAUCCUCAAUUUGGCGGUGCGUGAAGCAAAACUUCUGAGCCUAAUCAAGCACCCCAACCUGGUCAAGUUACAUGCUGCCUUCAGGUCGCGAAGCGGCAAAGUCUACCUGGUUUUUGAGUACGUCAACUCAAGCGUCCAUGACCACUUGGAGCGGUACCCUUGCGGCCUGCCUUCGAUCCCAACCAAGAUCCUAUCUUGGCAAUUGCUAUCCGGUGCAGCAUACCUACAUGACAACAAGAUCUUACACCGAGAUAUUAAGCCAGCCAACAUCCUCAUCAGCAGCCAAGGAGUCGUAAAACUGUGCGACUUGGGUUUUGCGCGAGGCACCACGUGUGGGUUGCGAGAGAUCCUGCCGCUCACGGCGUACAUCACCACCAGAUGGUACCGCGCCCCGGAAGUCCUUAUUGGAGGCCAUUAUGGACCAAGCGCUGACUGGGCUCCAGACUCCCGAAGAGUAGAGCCAUCGGGCCAGCUGGCCGUGCACUGCAGUAGAGACUAA